GUGUGUGUGUGUGUGUGUGUGUGUGUGUGUGUGUGAUUGUCUAUUGUCUAUUACUAAUCUUCAAGAAACAUUUUUGAUAAAAAGAAAAAUUUGUUUCAUUUUAUGAUUAAAUAAAUUUUUUAAUUAAUUGACAUUUUAAGAUAAUAUAAGAAGUCAAAUUCUUUUAGAAACAAUAGUUUAUCAAAUUAUUUGUCGUUUAUUUAAACAUGUUACAAACAUUUACCGCUUGAGAAAGUAUGAUUUGAAUUUUAUUGUUACUUAUUUAAAAGAUAUUUUAAAUCUUAAAUAAAAUAACAAAAUUACAAAUAUGUUUAUUCAAUAAAUCUUUCUUAUUAAGUUCCAAAUAGUUGAAAUAUAUUAUUUUGCAUCGUUUCAGUUUAAAUGUAUUACUACAGAGAUCGGACUUAUCUCUUUAGACGGUAUAUGGAUAAUAUCCUUAUACAGAUCCUUGCAUAGACAUAAAACGAUUAGUAAAGUUUAACCAAUGUCUCUUAUCGAUCUGUGUGUUUUUUUAUAUACAGCGGUGCCACAUUCUAUUAUUUCUUUCAGUAAAGACAAGAUCGUAGAUAAAGUAUGAUAAAAAUCUGAUGUAUGAAUCGCCAAGGUGAUUAUCGACGCAUAACAUAAGUAAUAAUUAGUGCAGUAUAUCUCAUAUGUAGAUUUAAUACGUUUAUAUCUUGUUGUAUCGGCGGAAUCUUCUUGUGCCAAGAAGAGAGAAUUUUAAAAUAUUUCUUAUUUACAGUAUUUCUCGCACAUAUAAGUCAAAAUAAAUUUAAAAAAUAUUUAAUAAAAUUUUAUUACUUAAACAUAUAUAAUAUUUUCAAAAGUGUUAUUUAUGGAAGUGUUUGUCUUAAUAAUACUUGGUAAUUGUUAAUUUCAAAUUUAUUUUUAAGCUGUUAAUUUUCACUCAAUAAUACGCGGAGAAAAUUUUCUCUUAAAAUUUACCCUCAAAAUUUGAUAUUUGUAGAAUAAUGUCUGAUCUCGAGAAAUUUUACUAUUAGUAAAAUUUCUCGAGGACACACAUUAUCCCGCAAUUAUCAGAUUUUGAAGGUAAAUUUUAAGAGAAAACUCUCCGUGUACAUACACCUUUAAACAUUUAUGUACUUAGCACAUGCACUUGUCUUUUAUAAAAAAAUUUUUCAACUUUUACAUAUAUAGUAUAUAUAAUAUAUUCUGCUUACUUAGUAAAAAACAGUACAAAUUACCUGAAUUUUCCUUUUCUUAUAAUUUUAAACUUUAUUAAAUCAUAUGUAUGUCAUGCGUCGUAUGGUAAUCUUUCCCCUCGCAAUAUUGCAUUUAUCGAACAAUGUAGCACGUAAAAUUUGCCAACCCUUUCAUGUAACCCUAUCAUUAUGCGCAGACGUUUUGUACACGCAAGCGCGAUACUCAGUCUGUUUUUACUACUGAAAGAGAAACCAUCUAUUAGCACAUACAUCCGUUCAGUCAUGCUCGAGCUUCUGGUCUCGUCUGACCAUCUGUUAUUCGCAAACUCGAAAUGCGCACACACUAUUAACGGAAAUAACGAAAAUUCCUAGUGCUCAACAAAGAACAAAAGAAACAUACAAAAUCGCGUUCGAAGAUUCAAUUGCGUGUUAAAUAUAAAUUUAAAAAAAAAAAAAGAACCGUUUAAGCUAAUCAUGGAAGGUUCAUCGAAGAUGAAUAAACAUGAAAAUGAGUUCACUUACGCAGUGCAAGUGACUCGUGUUAUCCUGCGAAUGAUCGGCGCGUGGCCACUUUCCAAUUACGUUUCCAACGUUGAAAGAAUCGCGACCCGCCUACAAAACAUCUGUUGCUACUUUUUAUUCGCGUUUACGAUUAUACCAGGUUUCCUGUUGAUGUUUCUGAAGGAACGCGACUACAAACGUAAAGUGAAAUUACUCGCGCCAAUUCUCAAUUCUUGGGCAAGUUGCGUGAAGUAUAGCCUGCUCGUGUACCACGCGAGAGAAAUUCAUUCUUGCCUGAAGCAGGCGCGACAGGAUUGGAUGAAUACGGUCGAUUUGAACAGUCGGAAAGCAAUGUUAUCUAACGCGAAAAUAGGCCGGCAGUUCGCGAUCGUUUCUGCCAUCUUUAUGUACAUCAGCGGAUUGUUUUUCCGUGUCAUCGUGCCGCUCUCGAAAGGACGAAUGCUCACGCCGAUGAACACCACGGUGAGAGCGUUGCCAUGCCCGAGUUACUUUGUUAAAUUCAAUGAACAGGCCUCACCGGCGUACGAGAUCGUCUUCAUCCUGCAAUUCUUCGCAGGACUAAUCACCUACUCGGUAACGGUCGGCGUUGCCGGACUGGCUGCAUUUUUCGUCAUGCACAUUUGUGGACAAUUAAGCGUUUUAAUUGGCAAGCUCAAAUGUCUUAAUAAUAUACUGGAACCCGAGGAUCGAACUGUCACGAUAUUACUGGCUGAUAUCGUAGAGCAUCAUAUAAGAGUGAAAGGUUUCCUAAAACAAGUAGAGGAAACUAUGCGAUUUGUAUGGUUAUUGGAAAUAGUGAGCUCUACUCUUUUUCUGUGUCUUACGGGGUACUACGUUAUUAUGGAAUGGGAAAAUAAUAAUUCUACAGCAACGUUUACUUAUUCUGUGAUGCUGGCAUCUUUGACCUUUUCUAUUUUUACUAAUUGUUACGUUGGUCAACUAUUAACGGAUCAGAGCUCCAAGUUUGGCUUAAUGGCAGCCACAAUGAAAUGGUACCGUCUUCCGCAUAAAAGAAGUCGUUCUUUAAUCUUGAUAAUGGCGGUUUCUAAUAUUCCGGCAAAAAUCUCGGCGGGAAAGUUGAUAGACAUGUCUCUACUAACGUUCAGUAAUGUAAGUGUUGAAGCUUAUCUUUAAUUUUCUAGUAGUUAAAUUAAACAUCUGUUUCGUCAUUUCUUAGAUCGUUAGAACGUCGGUGGUAUAUUUUAAUCUACUCCGAAAAUUCGUCUGAUUAUGAAAUCUGCAAAUAAUACUAUACAAUGAUACAGUACUCAAAUAUUAAUUGUAAUUGUGUAAUUAAUUCCUAUAUUUAAAACAAAUGGAUAAGAUAAACAAUCAAUUUUUAUUUUAAUCUUAAUUUCAUCUUCUUAUUUUAAUUACCCGAGUCAGUUCAAUUUAAUCCACGAUCCGUGUUCUAUGACCUGACACAAGGUAAAUCGUUUGUACUUUUGCUAAAGACCCUUUAGUUCGAAUCGAUUCUGCCCUGUAAUUAUCUCCUUUCAGCAAAAAGUUAUGUGCACGCAAUCUAUCGUUCCAAACUUUUAAUUGCGCUGCGACAAAACCACUAUGAUGACACAAACGCAAGAGCGUGCAUAAUGUAAAUGCUGAUUUGUCAAACUUUUCAUUUACUUUCCUCCUCGCCAAUAAGUAAUCCAGGAAGAAUCGUUUUCUCCUCUUUUGUAUGCUAUUAUUGAAUGUAUAAUUCAAUUAGUGAGAUUCUUUUUUGGCUUUAGUGUCUAUCAGAUUUUAUAGCACACUCCAUUACUACCGGAUGUGUCAAACUUUUUAUUUACUUACUUCCUCGCAAACAAGUAAUCCAGGAACCGGUUUUUUUCUUCUCUUUUGUAUUCCAUUAUCAAAUACAAAAAAGAAGAAAAUCUACAGAAUUUCAAUUAUAACAACAAUAAAAUAAAGUGUACAAGUCUGCCAAAAAAAAGAGGUCCUGCCCUCAUAUUGAUGAUCACUAUAUCCAAUACAUCAAUCAAAUUUACUGCCUGAAUCUUCGAGUUGCCUCUGAGUAUUUUUGGUGAUGUAAGUAAUGUAAUGUCAGUGUUUAUUAUAUCAGUAAUGUGAAUUACACGUAAUCUUACACAACUGAUAGGUGGUUAGAACAUCCCUCGCCUACUUGAACCUGUUGCAUACUUUAACUACAUAAAACUUGUUCCAUGUGUAAAAAUUUUUAUGCAACUACUAGUUUCAAAUAAAUUGCAUUAGAUAUCUAACAUGUAUAAAAA